CGCGUCGAGGCGGCGGAGGCGCGCGCGGAGGCGGCCGAGGCGGCGGCGGCGGCGGCCGAGGAGGCGGCCGGGCGGGCCGAGGCGCGGCACGGUGCGGCGGUGGAGGCGGCUUCGCAGUCCGCCGAGGCGGCGAGGAAGGAGGUGGAGGCGGCGAGGGCGGAGGCGGAGCACGCGCGCGCGUCCGCCCUCUCCGCUCGCCUCGCCGAGGCGCGCGGCGCCGCCGACGCGGUCGCCGGCGCGGUGGCAGCGGCAGAGGCGGCGGCGGCGGCGGACCGCGACCAGGCGCGCGCCGAGGCGGCGUCUGCGAGGAGCGAGGCGGAGGAGGCGCGGCGGUCGGCGGCGGAGGAGCGGGAGGUGGCCCGUGCGAGGACGGCGCAGCUGCAGGUCGAGCUGCGCGAGGCGACAAGUCGCGAGGCGCUCCUCCGUACCGAGCUGGCGGCGGCGGCAGCGGCGAUCCACUCCAGUGCUCGAUCGAGCGCGCUGGAGGAGCUCCGCGAGCUGAAGCUGCAGCUGCGCGAGGCGGAGCAGAGGCAGAGGAUGACGGACGAGGCGCAGAGGGAGCGGGAGCGGCUGCUGUCGGAGCGGCAGGCGAGGCAGGAGCGGCGCGCGCGCGAGCUAGACGAGUGCGCGAGGGCGGCGGGGGUGGGCUGA